GUCACCUUUGUGUGCACUUCAGAUUAGACUUGUGGCGAGAUCAAUUUUGUGCCGUACUACCUCGCUAUAGAUUGGAUCCUUUAUCGACGAGGGCCGAUUCAAACGUGAUAACUGAUACGGAAGAAGCGUGUGCUGUGUUGACUAGCUGUGUCGUGUUCUUUGAUCUAUGUACCUUAUGUGUGUGUGUAAUGACUGGUGUCGCAUAACGAGUCGAUGAAAUGUAGUCAGCGCAGAGCUGAAUAAUUAGUUUGACGUUAUUAGUCAAGUUUGUCUUUUUGACCCGGAGGCUUUUUCGUUUGUUGAUUCUGUGUUGGUGGCUGUGUAUAGUCCGUACUAGAUAGGUGUGGAUAACUUCAAAGACAUUAGUCGGAAAUUUGCUUGUUCAUGCUCUAGGCUUCAUGUGUUUGCAUUGUAUUUGUCGUUUUCAAUCCUUGCCGUUUGUUAAUAGCAGCUAGGGUUCUAAAUGUUAAACACAAAGUCAGCCCUGUGUGUUAAUUAUCCAACGUAAUUAAAAGUCCUUUUUUUUUUUAAAUUGACUGUUUAGCUGUGACAUUUGUCAUUUCUUGCUAUGACUUCUAUAACUUAUAGAUCUAGUUGUCAAGUUUGUUGGAGCAAGCUGUUUUAAAGUCGAAUGUAGAUUGAUAUACCUUUCCGUUAAGCAAUUUUCUAUCAAGUCACCUGUUACCUGUUUUACUGCUAGGAGAGUUACAUAAAUGACAAAGCUUUAGAUCUAUAACAUGGCUGUUUGUUUUUAACAUUACUAAACAUCUAGAUCUUAGUACGUAACACCAGGUGCUGCUACAGACAUUGAUUGUGUAUCAUUUGUGAUUUAACUCUUACACAGCUCCUCGUGUUAUUUUUUGCUAUUUCAAGUCCUGAGUUGACACUACACGUUGCAGUGCCGAAGUGCUAGUGUCACUGAGCUGUAUUCUUGUCUUUAGGAAGGUCGUAUGUUCUGUGCCGAAGUGCUAGUGUCACUGAGCUGUAUUCUUGUCUUUAGGAAGGUCAUAUGUUCUGUGCCGAAGUGCUAGUGUCACUGAGCUGUAUUCUUGUCUUUAGGAAGGUCAUAUGUUCUGUGCCGAAGUGCUAGUGUCACUGAGCUGUAUUCUUGUCUUUAGGAAGGUCGUAUGUUCUGGACUCCGCCCGCUAUUUGCGUUCACAUCAAACUGAAUGGAGACCUGUACAAAACACGUGCUGCUGGGUUUGCUUUUUUAGCGAGUGGUCCGCUUGAAAGACAUUUAGGACAUUGUCCGAAUGGGAGGGAGUCGCCGCUCCAAGAUGGCCACAGUGGGAGAAACUGUACCAAUCAGUACACAUACUAUAGACAAAGUGACCAAGGCGAAAGUCACCUUAGAGAACUACUACACAAACCUGGUCUCACAGAAUGACGAGAGAGAAAGCAGGUCUCGGCGCUUGGAAAAGACGAUGGACGAAGAAGGAUUAUCAGAAGAACAGAAAAAUGAACGUCGUCAGCAACACGCCCUGAAAGAGACUGAGUUUCUUCGACUCAAGAGAUCAAGGUUAGGUGUAGAUGACUUCGAGUCUUUGAAGGUCAUAGGUCGAGGCGCAUUUGGUGAGGUCCGUCUGGUCCAGAAGAAAGACACAGGUCAUGUGUAUGCCAUGAAGAUCUUAAGGAAAGCAGACAUGGUGGAGAAAGAUCAGAUAGCCCAUGUCCGUGCAGAACGUGAUAUUCUUGCAGAAGCUGACCACCAGUGGGUUGUGAAGAUGUACUAUUCCUUCCAGGACACCAGUAGCCUGUACCUGAUCAUGGAGUUCCUCCCUGGAGGUGACAUGAUGACACUGCUGAUGAAGAAAGACACCCUGACAGAAGAACAAACCCAGUUCUAUGUAGCAGAGACAGUUCUAGCCAUAGACUCUAUACACAAGCUGGGAUUUAUUCACAGAGAUAUUAAGCCAGACAAUCUUUUGUUAGAUAACAAGGGUCACAUCAAGUUGUCAGACUUUGGUUUAUGUACGGGGAUGAAAAAGUCUCACCGAACAGAUUUUUACAAAGAUUUGACCUCACACUCUGGGAGAACUUCAAACUUUGGGAAAGAUUUAGCAAAUGGAAAUCCUAUGGACUCUAAAAGAAAAGCAGAAAGCUGGAAAAGAAAUCGCAGAGCAUUGGCCUACUCCACGGUCGGGACACCAGACUAUAUAGCACCAGAGGUUUUCAUGCAGAAUGGCUACUCUAGUUCCUGUGAUUGGUGGUCGCUGGGUGUUAUCAUGUAUGAGAUGCUCAUAGGCUACCCUCCAUUUUGCUCUGAGAAUCCUCAAGAGACCUAUAGAAAAGUCAUGAACUGGCGAGAAACUCUGAUAUUCCCUCCAGAAAUGCCAAUUUCCAAUGAAGCCAGAGAUCUCAUUAAAAGGUUUUGUUGUGACCCAGACCACAGGAUAGGAAAUAACUCAGUUGAGGAAAUCAAGUCUCAUCCAUUUUUUAGGGGAGUUGAUUGGGAACAUAUCAGGGAACGUCCAGCUCUUAUACCAGUAGAUGUGAAAGGUAUUGAUGACACAUCCAAUUUUGAUGAUUUCCCAGAAAUAGACUUGAAACUGCCCACUUCACAGCACAAUGAAGAAGAGUUUAAAGAUCCCAAAUACAAAGACUGGGUUUUCAUCAACUACACAUUCAAACGAUUUGAGGGCCUUACACAACGGGGACCUAGGAUGCAUAAAAGCUGAAAGUUGUCUUAGCUGGUGUUUUUCUCUGAGUACUAUUUGUCUAUUUUUUUUUUUUUUUUGGCUGUCAGAACACUCUCCACCAUCAGUAGUAUGUUUUGUUUGUAUAGUCUACAAAAACAACAAACAAGUGUUAGUGUAUUAGUACUAACGGAGAAAGUCUUGGCAAUGUGGGCAAAGAUGACUCUCCAGUUAGAAAAGCUGUUCAGCAGUCAAAAGAUCUACCAUCCAAGAGGUUUUUGCUGUGUCUAGAAAGCUGUUUGGACUUCCAGACAUUCUUUUUUAAUGUCAGUUAUCAUUGAGGGUGUGACACAUUGGAAUGUUUGAUCUAGUGACAUGGGAGGAACUGAUGUUUUUCUCUGCUUGAUGGCCAAUAUAUUACCUAGGUAGAGGUAUGAAUAGUUUUUGGACAUACAUUACUAUGUUGUACAAAGGACACAAGAUUUCUAUAGAUUUGUUUUAUAGAGCUCUCUGUAGUCCAAGCUUUCUCUAUUUGAUUUGUUCUAUACACUUGUCAUUAACAGAGCUGUUUCUCUUCUAGAGCUUCUCAUUUCUAGUUGUUCCAUUCAACUUUUAGUUGCAGUGAAAGCAAAAGGAACUUUUUGUCUUGACUCAUGCUAUUGGUUAGUGUAAAUAUUCAAUUUAGUGUAAAACAAAACACUUUCUUUAUGAGGAGGGAUUUCUUGUGACAGCUGAACUUGAAAAAGUCAGCUCACCUGCUAUAUUGGACUAUUUCAUUAUCUGAAAGUAAAAAGGUCAUCCAAUAUCUUGCUUUCUUAAACUAUAUCAUGAUUAAAGGUUGCACUAUGCAUUGGCAAAAUCUAUGUAUCAACAUCAGCAUAGUGUAAGUUCUGUUCAGUCACAUUUGUUGAGAUACAGUAUCUUAAUUUGCUAUCAGUGUUUUCACAUCAAACCAUUGCUUUGCUUCUUGUCCACUGGGAAGUGUGUGCUUUCAUUACAGAUCUCCAAUGUCUUAUUUCUUGUAUGGGAAUGAUUGUCAGUUUCUUCUUUAUUUGGACUUGUUCAUCUUCAAUUGUACAGUAUUGGUGUUCUUGAGUUCCUUAGAAAGAUCUUUUUUUUUUUCAAUAUAAAGAUUGAGCAAAGAGAUUUUCAUCUAAUAAUAAAUAAUGGGGUAUUGGGUAUCAUUUUAUUUUAAAAAACAACAACUAAGAAACUUGACUCAACUGGUAUAAAUACAGAAAAUUUCUUUUGAAAUAUCUUUUUAUGUUUAAAAAAAAACAAACAAGGUUAGGAAAUGUCAAUGUCUAGGAAUGCAUCAUCCAUCAUUGUCUAAUCAGGCAUUAGGGAGUGUCUAUUGUUGUAAAUAAAUGAUGUUCAUGACUCACAGCUCUGUGAUACCAACAUCCUUCAUUUUAGUUGACUAUUUGUUUCAUUGUGAGAAGUGAACUAUGCACUUCUUCAUGUUUAGUACUGUCAUAGAGAGAUGUUUUUGUUUUAGCUGAAACCACAUGAUCUGCUUGUGUGCCCUAGCCAAGCCUAACAUGGUAUCCUAGGAAGGAAUCAUGAAACAUCCCCAAUGAAGGCCACUGUAUAGACUUGUUGUUUCUUGAAAGGCCUUUGUGUCAUCUUUUUCAAGCCUUUGUAUUUCAGUGACCUCUGUGAUCCAGAAUUUGUAUCCCAACAUUCCAUAUUUUUUCUGACUCUGAACAUAGUAUGGCCUUGACCUGAAGGGAAGUAAGCAUAAACAAAAUGUCAGACAACAAAAUCAGGUGUACUCAGCUAUGCAGAUCCUUGUUUUGUACAAGAUCAGACUUGUCAAGUCUGACACAAUGAUGUAACUUGUCCUGGUGAAUAUUAUGACUUGUCUCUAUCUGACAUAAGCUUGAAAUAGUUCUUCUGGAACAAAAACUUAAAAUUAUAAGAGUAUUAUUUUUUUUUAGAAAUUUUGUUACAAAGUCACAAAUUUUCCUUUUUGUAGGGUGAACUAUUUAACAUGAAAAAUUGACAUUCUACUGUACAACAUUUAGUGGUCAGUGCUCAUGUCAAGAAAUCCUUGUCUAAUGUAAACUUGUAUCUGAUAACUUUAUUUGUAUGUGACAUUGAACAUCUGACUACAUUGCCCCAUGGCAGGGGGCAUUACAACCUUUUUUUUUUAUUGCUUGUAAAAAAAAACAUUUUUUUUACACUAUGAAUUAAAAAUGAAUUCUGUUUGCUAGUAGCUGUUUUAGAUUUUGUUGAUAUUUCACUUUGAAACGUGUCUUUCAAUGAGAAACAAUUUGGUCUAGUAGUGUUGAGUAAUGAAAAUCAAAUCUCAUCAUGGACACUUAAUGGUAUAGACAGUUCAUACGAGGCACGACAUGGCCUAAAUUGUGCCGAGGUGCCUCAAAUCAACAAACAAACAAACAGUUCAUACACAAAUGUUCAAUAUCCAUCCUGAUUUGAACAAAGUUUAUGGGAUAGUUUGAGUUCAGUGUAUUACAAGCAAAAUGUAAAAUGUUUUUUUCUUAUUAUACUUGGCAUAAGCUUCUUACAAUAAACUAGAUUGUUCUGAUAUUAGAGACAAGUUAAAGAUACAGCCCAACCUAAAGUUAAAGAUACAGCCCAACCUAAAGAUUGAAUUAGUUACAUAUUAAAAAAAAAAGUAUUAAGUACAUAGUGUGGUUGGGUUUGAAGUCUCAACUUUACUUUACAUUAAGGCUUGACUUGAUUCACUUAUCUAUUGUAAUCAGAUUUAUAUGAAAAACAUUUCAUUUUGUUUUUGUGCUUAACUAAACAUUCAGUUAGAGAUGCAUCCAAGGAAACCCAGCUCUAGUGUUGUGAACCUAUGUGAUGUGUCUCUGUUCAUGUAGCAGACAUUUGUUGGCAUCUCUCUAUCUAGGUGUGACUGGUCAUUUAUUGCCUGGUUCUGCAUAUCAUUAAAUUAUUUGUUAUUCAAAUGA